UUUGGCCAUAACAUAUUCGGGUCGUAAAAUAACCUCAACGGUCCCGGCAACCAGCCGGAAAAUUCUCAGCACAUAGUGCAAAAUCAGUAAUUUUAUUUCUAUUUAUUUAUCCACUGUUUCUUUCUUCAAUAAAUUACUCUUCUAAUUUGUAUUCCCCCAAUUGCUUCCUUUAUUGUUAGUUUUCUUUUUGAAUACCCAAAUUGCUGCUUACUUCCCAUUUUGAGUUCUUCUUGAUUGUAACUUGAUAAAAAUUGUGUCUUUAAUUGUACUAAUGUACUUGAAAGAAGGAUGUUCUUUGCUGUUAAAAGUCCACAAAAAGUCUGUUCCUUUAAUCCUUAAUGUAAACCCAAGUUUCAAUCUUGAUCAACUUAAUAGUAAAAACCCCAUUGAGCUUAAGGAAUAUGAUGUGUUGAAUAGACUGAAAUAUGAAGAAAAUGUUUCAACUGCUUUAGAGUAUUUCAAAUGGGUUGCAAAUUCAACAUCUUUCAAGCACACCCUUCUCACAUAUAAAAUAAUGAUGGAAAAACUCGGGCAAGAAAAGGAGAUGGAUAGUGUUCAAUACCUCUUACAACAGAUGAAAUUAGAGGGUAUUAGUUGUUCUGAAGAUAUAUUUAUUAGCGUGAUCGAUUCGUAUAGGAGAGGUAAGGCGUCAGAGCAAGCGUUGAAGACAUUUUAUAGGAUACAGGAUUUUGGGUGUAAGCCUACGGCUAGGAUAUAUAAUCAUUUAUUGGAUGCAUUGCUUAGUGAGAAUAGGUUUCAUAUGAUUAAUCCUAUUUAUAGUAACAUGAAGAAAGAUGGUGUUGUUCCAAAUGUGUAUACGUAUAACAUUCUUUUGAAAGCGUUGUGCAAGCACAAUAGAGUUGAUGGAGCUAAGAAGUUACUUCUGGAAAUGUCGAACAAGGGGUGUUGUCCUGAUGAAGUGAGCUAUACAACAAUUGUUUCUUCUUUGUGUAAGUUUGGUAAAGUAAAAGAAGCAAGAGAAGUAGCCAUGAGAUUUACGCCUACUGUUCCUAUUUAUAAUGCUCUGAUAAAUGGGCUUUGUAAGGUAGAUAACAUUAAGGAGGCAGUUGAUUUGUUGGAUGAGAUGGCUUAUAAGGGAGUUGAUCCUAAUGUCAUUACGUACACUACGAUUUUAAAUGCAUUUGCUGACCAAGGAAAUAUUGGUCUUUCUUUUGCUAUGCUGAGCAAGAUGUUUGUUAGAGGUUGUUCUCCAAAUAUUCAUUCGUUUACUUGUUUGAUUAAGGGAAUUUCAUUGAUGGGACGAUGGUGUGAAGCUCUUGACGUGUGGGAUGGUAUGAUCAAAGAGGGAAUUUUGCCCAAUGUUAUAGCAUAUAAUGCACUUCUCCAUGGUCUCUGUUUGGCUGGUAAUAUGAAUAUGGCUCUGUCUGUUUGUAGUGCAAUGGAAAGAAGUGGCUGCCAUCCAAAUUCAACAACCUACAGCAUCCUCAUUGAUGGCUUUGCUAAAUCUGGAGAUGUGAUUAAAGCAUGUGAGAUAUGGAAUAGAAUGAUAAAUCUUGGUUGCCGUCCAAAUGUUGUGGUAUAUACAUGUAUGGUUGAUGUACUCUGCAGAAAUUUCAUGUUUGAACAAGCUUACAAUCUUCUACAUAACAUGGUAGUAGAAGAUUGCCCACCAAAUACCAUUACUUUUAACACAUUUAUCAAAGGUUUGUGUUCUAGUGGUAGAGUUGAAUGGGCAGUGAUUCUAUAUAAUCAAAUGGAGAGAUUUGGUUGCUCUGGUAAUACUAACACAUAUAAUGAGUUGUUGGAUGGUUUAUUUAAAUGUAACAACCUUACGGUAGCACUUGAGCUUGUUAGGGAGAUGGAGGAAAAAGAUAUUGAAUUUAAUUUAGUUACAUACAACACUAUAGCAUCUGGUUUCUGCCAUAUGGGGAUGCUUGAGGAAGUUGUAAAACUUGUGGCAAAAAUGCUGGUUAGGGGAAUCAAACCUGAUAUUCUCACCUUCAACAUACUUAUGAAUGUGUACUGUAAGGGUGGUAAGGUUGAAUCUGCAAAACAACUUCUGAAUGCUAUGACUGAAGUCGGCUUGCGUCCAGGUUUCAUAUCCUAUACCUGUCUGAUAGGUGGACUGUGCAGUUGGAUUGGUUUGGAAGCCACAAUCUGUUGCCUUCAGAGGAUGAUAAAUGAUGGAAUUCCACCCAAGAUAUCGACGUGGAAUGUUCUAGUCCGUCAUUUGUUUACCAAGAUUGACUAUCGAAGUGCACUAGAAUAUAUAGAAAGUAUAUUGGCAGCAGACUGAAGGUGUAAACAUGCUUGCUUCAACAGAUUGGAGUGAUGAAUACACAUAAAACCUUUACUGUGGAGGUAAAAACAGUGGUUGCAGCGAAAGCAAUUUUACAAAGGAGGGUCCGUCUCCAGAAUCUACAUCCACGAAGUGGGCAUUAACAGCUUGUUUUGGAUAUAUGGCUGGUGAAUCUCAAUUUCAUUUGCUGUUGAUUUGAGGAAUUUGGAGACAAAAGUUCUUGCAGGUUUUCAAUUGCUAAUAGUUUCUAGGAUAUUAUAAGCUUAAGGUUGUGAAUACAACCAAAAGGCAGUAUAGCUCCUUUAAACUAGUGUCUACUCUGAAUUAGAUAGCUCUAGUGGCAGCAGUAACGAGUUAUAGUGUCAUGCUUAUGCCGUGAGCAUACCUUUUAGUAAUUGAUCCCUCUGGUUCCUAACCCCUUACUGAAAAGCUUGUGUUUCAGUCUUUUAUCAAAUUGAACUACAACCAUUUGGUGCUCCCUACUGUUUUUAUUCUAAAGAUUUUUAGAUGGAGCCUGAUAUAUCCUGCAUUCCUGCUAUUGCCUUCUAUUAUUUUGACACUUAACUGUAAAAUUGUUUAUAUCCAGUCUGUAGAGUUCGGAAGAAGUUUCAUUAGGAACCCCUACCAAGGGUGUCUCGUUGGGGCGUCCCAAGGAGUGCAGGGCAGAACUGGGAACCAGACACAUGAAAAUGGUAGACAUAAUUUUUGUAAAACGCCACUGGUCUUUUUGGCAUGGAACUUGCAAGAGGCCUUAUGCAUAGAGUGAGAAAGGGUGAUUUGCUGUAAACGAUCAUUUAAGCUGGGUUUUGCUAGGAGAACCAAACAAGUCAAUGAUAAAAAAAUUCAGAUACAACUUCAUCAUUGGCAUUGGCUUAUUCAAAAACACUAGUAUUCUUUUGGCCCCUUUUCCUGUUCUAUCCCGGGAUAUGUACCCGGCAACUCAGUUCCUUAUUGAGGAAAGAGAACGGGUGUAUACGAUUUUCUUUAUCAUUAGUUUUGUUACAAUCUUUCUGCCUGGUUUGUGCUUCA